GCCCCCCCUGCCCGCUGCUGCCUCUGCCUGGCAGCAGCAGGUACAAGAUGAGCUCGGUGGAUGUCCCAGACAUGGUGUCCUACCCUCUGCCACAGUCCUCCUCCUCCUACUCUGGACACACCCCCAGCUCUGUUGCCAUGGUAAGCGGCCUCCAUUCAUCCAAGAUGAACUGCACCCGCAUCUUCAACCUCUUCUGCCUCUACGGAAACAUCGAGAAGGUGAAGUUCAUGAAGAGUGUUCCUGGCACAGCGUUGGUGGAGAUGGGAGAUGAGUAUGCUGUGGACAGAGCCAUCACACACCUCAACUCCAUCAAGGUGUUUGGCAAGAGACUCAAUGUCUGUGUGUCUAAGCAGCACGCAGUGAUCCCCAGUCAGGUGUUUGAGUUGGAGGACGGCAGCAGCAGCUACAAGGACUUUGCCAUGACCAGGAAUAACCGCUUCAGCAGCGCGGGGCAGGCGUCCAAAAACAUCAUCCAGCCUCCGUCUGCAGUGCUGCACUACUACAACGUCCCUCCAUGCAUAUCGCAGGACCACCUACUGAGGGUAUGCUGCUCCACUCUUCUAUCCAGUGAAAGUAGUUAACCUCUGACAUGCCUGUCAGUCUCUGUGUCUCUGUCC